CCACCUAAGGGUCUAACCAUUAACCAUCCAUGGUCCGGAAACUGAAGUUACCGGUUCGAGUUUCCGAACACAGUUUUGCGGGUGGGAGAUUUCCUUGUACGCCUAGUAAUCCGGACUUAUAAUAAACUCCAACUACUUUAUCAUCAUAAAUUCACAGUAUUAUAUUAAAAAAAAAACACAAGGAAAGGAUUCUUAUAUGAUCCAGAGCUGAUUUUCAGAAAUUGUUCCUGUGAAGUUAUGAUCAAUCCCGGAACCUUGGUUUUGGCUGUGCGGUCAAUGUUGCAUGAGAUCCUUCAGGUGUCGAAUUAAUAUAUAGUGAAAGGUAGCAUCUUUUGGUGCAAAUUACUACGUGAUUGUAGGUAUGGAGGGGGCGUGUACUUCAAACUUGCAGUACUGCAGUUGGAUUGCACCAAAGAAGAUUAGACAGAAACCUAGUGGUUGCUUGGAGCUUCCUCAGAGAUGGGGAGAAGAUCGGAAGCAGCAGAUGCUGCUUAGUUCUAGGAUUAUGAAAGGGAGUGCUGAUUCAAAACGGCAUAGAUUGGUUGGAUUUGAGAUCAACCGUUGCUAUAGGAACUCUGAAGAUUCAGCGUUGGAAUCAGGAAGAACUCAUACUUCUGUUGAUGAACCUAAAAUAGUGAAGAAGAAGGCACAAGAGAUUUCCCCCUACUUAACUGGACGUUGCAUAUAUCUUGUUGGAAUGAUGGGUUCUGGUAAAACAACAGUUGGGAAGAUUUUAUCAGAAGUACUUGGUUAUUCUUUCUUUGACAGUGACAAAUUGGUGGAGCAGGCUGUGGGUAUGACUUCUGUUGCUCAAAUCUUCAAAGAACACAGUGAGACUUUCUUCAGAGAUAAUGAGAGUGAGGUAUUGCGGGAGUUGUCUUUGAUGCAUCGACUAGUUGUUGCCACCGGGGGUGGUGCAGUUAUUAGGCCGAUCAACUGGAAAUACAUGAAGCAUGGAAUCACUGUUUGGCUAGAUGUGCCAUUGGAAGCUUUGGCUACCAGAAUUGCAGCUGUAGGUACUGAUUCUCGCCCUCUUUUGCAUCAUGAGUCGGGCGAUGCUUACACAAAGGCUUUGGCACGGCUCUCAACACUUUCAAAGGAAAGAGGUCAUGCUUACACUAAUGCUGAUGCUAGGGUAUCCCUUGAACAUAUUGCAUCCAAACUGGGUCAUGGAGAUGUGUGCAGACUCACACCAACAGAUAUCGCAACUGAGGCUAUCAUUCAAAUGAAACACUUUUUGUUGGGCACCAAAGAAGAUGAUGAAUAACGAUGUCGAACUGACAAAUUAUGUAGAAUAUCGAGUUUUUCAAGAUGAAGCAAUGGCUGGGUUGGAGGCUAUUCAGUGGGCAAAACGCAAAGGAAUCACUAGUCUUCAUCUGGAAGGAGAGAGCAAACAAAACGAAAAUGCUAUCAACGGUUCAGUGGGCUAUGUUAAGUGGACUACAUGCAGUAUUAUUCAAGACUCUUUAUUCCUUUUCUAGUUGGAAAUGUUCCUUUAAGUUGGUUAAAUUUGGCAGUUGGAAUUUUCGUAAUAGUGGUUGGGAGACUUUCCCUUCAGAUUUCAUCAAGAGUAAUCUGGAUGAUGAAACCUCAAAUAUGUGAGACUUAGAUUUAUUCCCUAAACCAAAAAUAAAAUAAAGAGAGAGCUCUCUUGACAACCUCGUGGCAUCAUUCUGUCCGUUUGUUUGAUGAGAAAGACCAAAAAAACCUACACGUUUUUGUA